AUGCUGGCAUAUGUGCAGAAUCACUCUCCGAGCAUCGUCGUGUUCGAGAAUGUAGAUACCAUGGACGACAGGGGCGAUGCUACUUCCAAUCUCGAUAUUCUGCUCGCAGAAAUGUCGAACCGUGGAUACGAGAACCAAGUCAUCAUGAGCGAUGCUGCAAUGUUCGGGCUGCCGGCUAGAAGGAAAGCAGCGGGCUCGGCACUCAUGGAGUUUGGCGAGAGGUCCAUUUCAUCCAUGUUUGCAACGGUACGGGCUGUCAUGUCAUCGUGCGUACGUACCUCUUGCUGUGCCCCGGAGACUUUUCUUCCAAGUGACCAUGCUUUUGCGGUCUCUGACCUGGAGAUCCGCCAGAAAAAGCAGGACAAGCGAAGGGAGCUCCAGGCAAAGUCGGGACCCACGGCUCAGACUUGGAUGGAUUCGCACAUGUCUUUCGCAAGAAGUCUGAAGUUUCGUUGGGGCGAAGCCGUGCCCCGAGAACUCAAGGAGAAUGAGUGGUACCAGACACUUACAGAGCGAGAGCAAGAUGCCUUACGGCUGGCCACAAUCCAAUCGCCGUCGGUGCUAUUUCGUGAUAUCUCCCAAGCAGUAGGCAGAGUGAAUAGCCCGACACUGGAUUCAGUCCCCGGGGUGCAUGUGUUGCCGACUAUUUUGCCGAAAAUGCAGCUGUGGUACGAGAAACAAUCCCGUGUAUGGCUGGGAUGCGAAGCCAUGAUAUGUCAAGGCUAUCCAAUUUUGCCACUGCUAGCAACGUAUGAAGCAGUGAAGCGGCCUCAGGCCCGGACAGCAACGAAAGUUUUGUUGCAAGAACUCGCCGGCAGUGCGAUGGCCCUCCCAGUGGUGCUGGCGAUCUUUGCAGAGCAUAUUUGUAUCCUUUUCAUGGGCACCUGCCGCUACUGA